UUGCCCAUCCCUGCUCUACUCUAACACACACAGAUAUGCAUGCACACACACGCACACACACAGCUGAGUAGCAUUGGAAGAUUAAAGUAUUUAAUUUUGCAGUCGGUAAACAUGAACAUUCUUCUGUUCUUUUUUUCUCCAGCAGACAAUAAUGAAUUUCAUAAGCACCAGAGGGCAAAACGAGAGUUAAAUCUGAACUGCAGAUGUUUGGACGUGAGAAACAUCACAGUGUCGCCCCAUCUGCUAACUGAGCCGUGCUCUUACGUAGUGGAAAAUGAGGGGGGAUGGGUCAAAGGAGAAACAAAAAUGGAGGAUGGGAUGGUGAAGAAGCUCACUGCUGAUCCCGAUCCUUCUCACCGAGUGGAAUCUCCGAAACAGCUCCAUACCAACCCCUGCUGGAAGAGAUUUAACAAGCCCGACUCCAGCUGUGCUCAGACUCAUUGCCCAACGCCCUCUGACGAUCCUCCGCAUCAAAAGAUCAGUCACGUUGCUCAAAGCCAAAAAGGCCUGCAACAAUCUGCGCAAACAAACAUCAAACAACAGCGACUGAGGCGGAAACUGCUGCCACUGACCAGGUCGCACGAGAGCCCAGCCUCGUCAGGGGUUGCACGGGUGGAGGAGCAGUCUACUGAAGAUCAGGAUGAAGACCUGGCAGUGCCAUGGCGGUGUAAGGCGAUGGUGAACCCUGAAUCGUCUCAAAUCCCAACCAGGACACUGCCAAUCCUCCAGAACACAGACAGAGCCCCUGGCUGUGAGAUACUAAAGCUGUGCCAGCGUAUUUCCUCUAGGGUGAACUCUCUGAAGUGUACCACAUCAGCCAAAAGAGCUGGACUCAGACCAGCGGGUUGGAGAUUGCUGCAGCAGCCCAUAGGUGACAAUGGAGCACAGAUUCGGGUCGGUCGACCAAAGCACCACCCCGGGAAAGACUCCCACAGCCAGAGUCUCACCAGCCUCUUGCAUAAUAAUGACAGAAGUUGUGGUAGUAGCCUGACCCAGACAUGUAAUUCAGAUACAUGCCUCUAUGGCUGGGAUAAAUACAGUAGCCGAACCCUUCAGCAGCAUGUACAGAAGGACCAGGGAUCCAGGCGGGAGAAGGAAGGUGUAAGGAUACAGAUCCAGAGAGAAGAAUCCUGGGACUCAGAGAGUCAAGAGGAGAACCGGUGGCAGAGUGAGUCCUAUAAAACAACAUGCCGUGACGUCACUCUACUGGAUAUUGUUCGCCUUCUACAGUGUAGAGAUUUCCCCAGGCUGACAUGAUCACAGCUGCGAAUGGAAACGGGCUGGCCUUCCUCAUGCUCCAUAACCCAGCAGGAUGACGCAGGAGCGAUGUCAAGCCAAAACGGGCCUGGGAGGAAGAUGUGCAAUUUGGGAGAUCUAGUCUUCCCCCAAUCAUGGCCUGAUCAUACAUAAAAAAAA